UUGCAGGUAAUUGAGCAAUAGUCAAUGGACAGGUGAGAUGCCAUGAGUUCGCAUAGGACAACCCCAGUUGCCUCAAGGGCAUCGACUUCAUUCCUGCAAUCGGGUGGCUCCAGCAUCCAUGGGUUCCCAUCCUCACCGGCACCCAGUACUCCAGCGUCUCGUGGUGUUUUUCACUCCCUGCUGUCUGCCAGGGAUGUGACCAUCUGCGAGCGCGAGGGGGAGCUCAUCACAGCUCCCAAUCUGGACACAGUCUCCGGUGAACAUGUGUCACUGCCAGCCAUUUCAGUGCAGCGAGAUCCUUCCCAGGUUGGGCUUCCACCAGUAUCUUCGAGAUCUGCCUUCAUUUCGCAACAGGUCUCGACCUACAAGCAGGCCUUCUAUGUUUGGUACGUCUUGUACUCGUACUGUAUUCUUUGGCUGGAAAGGAAAUCGUGGAAAUAUGUGCUUUUAGGCAAGAAAUAGGUAUGUUGGAAGCACUGGAGGUGAUAGCCAAAGGUGAAUCCAAAGAUGAAGUCCAUCCAUGGAUCAAAGCUCUUGCAAAAUCUGCACUCUGGAUCCUCAAAUGGGCUAAAUGGCAGGGUGUGAAUGAACACAGCAUGGGGGAUGUGGUUCCAGUGGAAAACUGGGUCGAGGGGCUGGUGCGAUGUAUAGCCUGGCACCCACACGUGGACAAGCUGGCUGUGGCCCUCCACAACGAGUCGGUCCACAUCUACAAAGACUCCUCGUCUCCACGUCACGUUCUCAAGCACAAGCAGCAGAAACUUAUCACUGGUUUGGCAUGGAAGCCUCACUCGGCAUCAUUCCUCGCUGUUGCCUGUCGGGAGCACAUUCUCAUGUGGAAUCUGGAUCCCACUUCCCUGGCAACUCGUGUCCCAGGCAACUGUGCUUCUCUGCUUUCCCAACCUGGCCAUUCUCCUAUUGUAUGCAUUCAAUGGAGCCCCCAGGGAGAUCUCUUGAUGAGUGGGAGUUUGAACCAGGGCAGUCCAUAUGUUUGGGAUGUUUCCAUGCAGCAGAGCACCCCUCUGAUGCAGGCCUGGAACCAGCAGGUCGGCUAUCUUCGUUGGUCGCCCGACGGUUCCAAGGUUCUUGUGGCCACCAUGUCUUCCACCUUCAGGGUGUUCGAGACGGAGACGUGGACGUGGGAGCGAUGGAAGACGGUGAAAGGUCGAGUCCGAGCGGGAGCCUGGAGCCCGUGCGGAAAGCAUCUGGUCUUUGCCACCGAUUCUGAUCCCGUGCUUUUUGACCUCAGCUUUCAAGCUCCAAACGAAACAGCCAAAUCCAAAGUGGCUGGGUCUGAAGCUGCACAGCAGGUUGCCAACUUCCAGCAUGCAGCUCUGUCUGAUGGUCAUUCCCAAGAUUCAAAUAGUCGAGUGUUUGCGAUCGAAUGGGACCCCAAAGGCGAGAGGCUGGUGGUAGGACUCCAGAAAUGGGAAGCCCUUCUUCUCUAUCGAACCAGAGUGUUCCCUAGUGUCGGCCUUCAGUUCUGCGGCAUGAUUUACGGUCCCAUGGGUCAGGUCCCACAGUGCAUCCAGUUCAAGCCUCACUUUGAAGAAGGAGCCCUCCUUACUGUACACACCAGUGAUGGGUCUCACCCGUCUGCCAACUUUACUAAUUUUGGCAAUGCUGCUGCUCAGCUGACAAGUGUUGGCAGUCAUCCAGUCGUGUAA